UCCAUUUUCUUCGUCCUUUAUUUUUGUUUUCUUUCUUCCUACUGGUUCAGGAUGCAUGCGAAGGGACCUUCAUCGUCCGGGAGCGAUGCGAUCUCAGAUAAGUCGGCUCCGAGGAAGCAUUCCAAGAAACCCCAAUAUUCCAGAUUUACUCAGCAAGAGCUUCCUGCUUGUAAGCCAAUACUUACACCGUCGAUUGUCAUUGCAACAUUUUCUCUGAUAGGAGUUGUCUUUAUUCCAAUUGGUCUAGCUUCCUUGUCUGCAUCUGAAAAAGUGGUUGAAAUAGUAUACCAAUACCAUGACGUGUGCAUCCCUAGUUUAUUCCAAGAAGAUAAAGUUGGAUUCAUACAAAGUACGCAGACUAAGAAAACCUGUACCAGGAAAUUUACAGUGACGAAGUACAUGAAAAGUCCUGUAUUUGUCUAUUAUGAGCUUGACAAUUUCUAUCAAAAUCAUCGCCGGUUUGUCAAAAGCAGAAGUGAUAAACAAUUGAGAGAUAAAUCCAAAGAAACUGACACAAAAACUUGCGCUCCUGAAGCGACAACCAGUAACGGCUCUCCAAUUGUACCCUGUGGCCUAAUUGCCUGGAGCUUGUUCAACGAUACAUACAAAUUUUCAACAUCCAAUAGAGAUUUGGCUGUGAACAAAAAGAACAUAGCUUGGUCAAGUGAUAAAUUACACAAAUUUGGGGCUAAUGUCUACCCCAAAAAUUUCCAAUCUGGUGCUCUGAUUGGUGGCGGCAAGCUUAAUGAAACCAUUCCUCUAAGCGAGCAAGAGGAUCUUAUUGUUUGGAUGAGAACGGCUGCCUUACCUACCUUUAGAAAACUCUACGGCAGAAUUGAAGAGGAUCUUCAGCCAAACCAGGAGAUUAUUGUAGCAAUAGAGAACAAUUAUAAUACCUACAGUUUUGGGGGAGGAAAGAAAUUGGUUCUCUCAACUGCAACUUGGAUUGGGGGAAAGAAUGAUUUCCUUGGAAUUGCAUAUCUCAGUGUUGGUGGCAGUUGUCUAAUAUUGGCUAUGGUUUUCGUAAUCUUGCAUGUCUUGAGGCCCAGGACUCUUGGAGACCCGACAUACCUAUCAUGGAACAGAAGCAAAGGGAAGAACUCGACUUAAGCCUUCAUGUCUCCGACUCUCUACAUUUCUAAUGAUGGAAAAUACAUUUGUUCAAAUCAUGGACAUACUUAAAUCCAAGUGUUUGAUAGGUUUGUAAUACAAAUUUGUUUUGUUAUUAAUAUUUAAUAGAAUAUCAUAUUUUAAUAAUUGUACAUG